UCUUUUGAAAUGUGUUUCAAUCUGCACAAAAUGUUGCUUUGAUUUUGAAAGUUUUUGUCAUCUUCCCAAAGUCUUUCUCACUGCUGAUUACAUUAGCUUGUGUAAUGCCAUGCUGGGGAAACAUUGGUUUCCGGUUCCCGGUAAAUGACCAUCUAGGCUGAAAGUUCCACUAGUUCCACCAGUUUUUAAGGAUUUUACAAAGAAAUCCAUCAAAUUACUGCUGAGUAAAGCUGUUUGUAAAGUCACACUGUCUAAAAUUACCAGCAAUAAUGUAGGUUAUUUAGCCUGCCAUAAGAGUAAAACAUAGCGUGUUUUUCAAGGUCCUAUUUUUCCUAAGUUGUUUAUUUACAAAUGCCACAGUUUCAAACCAAAUGUUUAGCUAGUAAGAUAAUUAUUUAGCAUGGAGCUGGAUAGUUAAAUGCUUUGACUAAUUUAAUAGGCAGUUAUAAGCAUUUUUAUAGAGAAACCAAAAACAACUCUGUCUCAACUGUUUGCUGAAAGAACAUGGAAGAUAACAAGGAAUAUUUUAGCAGAGCAUCCAUCCUCUUUUUAUGUCAGUUUGAACCUUCUGAAGGCGUUUUUGUGUCAUUGUGUCUGACACUAGGAACAUCGAUUAGAAGUCAUUUAUUAACAGUACAAUAAUUAUUCUUAACCAAACUACAUGAUAGCAUUUAGCAAUAGCAUGCUAACUGUUUAACUCUAUGCACAAAUUGUUGAUAUUGUGAUUCUAUGAAUGUUUUAUUGUUUUAGGGUCGAAGGAAAAUUUCCACCUUGAUAGACUAAAUAAUUUCAUCUUAUUUUUUCAUAUAUAUGACUCUGCCAACAAAAAGUCUCUCAGAAUAAUAUAUGGCACCGUAAAAGCAAAAAUGGACAUGUUUGCUUGUAUCUGUUUAACAACCAGAUUCCUUAUUCUGUGAGCCGCGGAUAGACAUCCAUCCAUCUUCUUCCGCUCAUCCGGGGGUAGCAUUUAACUGACAUUAUUAAAUUAUUUCAUAAAGUUCUUUUGUAGUUCCAAAUGUCUCGACUAAUUUUGAUCACUUUUCCUGAUCACACUUUUUUUUUAACUUUAUUUAUUAUAAUAAACAACAAUACAAUUGUACUGUGAACAAAUCUCAGGAAGAUAAUAACAAUAAUUUACCAGGGGGAGAAUAAAAUAAAGCAAGAAGAUAAGAAAACGACAAUCAAUAUAAAUAUGUAUAAAGGAAAUAGCACAGAUGUCACAGUGCAUUAACAUAAAAGAUAAUCCAAAAUUCCAAGUUGAUUCCAAGCCCGUAUUAUUGAUUCUGCUUUUUGAUUAGUGGAGGAUUGAAUUGUUGAUAAAUAAUGUUUAAGUUCGAUCAAAAAAACUAAAAAAUUUGUUUUUUUCUUCAAAAAUGUGCAUUUAUGUAGGUGAAAUUUAGCCUUAAUAAUUAGUAAAUUGAUAAGGAGACUCUUUACAUUCAUUCCUCCAUUUUGUUGAAAUCCAAAUAAGACAUUUUCCCAAUAUAACUGAAAGCCUGCAGAAAUUUUGGAAUCAACAAAGUUACAAAAAUGUUGCCAAAAUAUUUUAGAAUGAGGGACAACCAGAACCGAUGAGUGACCGGUUCUGGGCAAACAACACAGAAGGAACAGUUCACAUCAACGUUAGAACUGAAUUUCUUUAAAUAGACUUUAACGGGGUAGAUUUUCCUGAUCACACUUGACCAAAUAUGCAAGUAAUGCGAUGACGUCACUCAUCGAAUUUUAGAAUAGCCAAUAGCUACUUUCCUUGCUGACCGGUUGGCAAUGGCAACAGUGGCGGCGGCGUUCCUCACCGUUAGCUUGCCGGGGUCGUUGCUGGUUAAGUGGAUGUAGUUAGAAAACAUGAACAGAGCGCCAGAAAGCGGACAACCAACCUCUGUUCAAUGUUGGACGAAUACACCGCCUCUUAAAAGGAAGGAAAGGAAAAUUCAGCGAGCAUCGAUUCUAAACAGGAACGUGUUCAGAGACGGAAAGAUUCGAAUUGAUUUUGUCCUGGUGUGGGAGGAGCUUCGGGGUGCUAAUGAGAACGACACAGGUAAUAGCGCCACCCAGAGGAAGUGGAGGGAACAGUUUCUGAACAGACUGAGACAAGUAGGCCUGCUGCAGGAGCAGAGAGAGAUCUUCAGGGCGAAGAAGAGGAUCCGCUUCAUCCUCCUCAGCGCCCCUUGGAGGGUCCUCUGCUACUACGCCGAGGAGAUCAAUCUCAAAGUCCCGCUGGAGGUGGUCACCGAUCCGAUGACUAACUGGUCCGAACAUUUCCUGUCCAAACUGUCCCUCCCCAAUCCACUGUCCCAGAACGUCCCCAACCCACCGCUGGAAUACUACACCUGUCAGUUCAAGUCCAACAAGCUGGAAAGGUUCCUGGGAAGUGGUGACAAGGAGACGUUCUUUAAGACCACCCAGAGACACCAAGUGCUGUAUGAGAUCCUGGCCAGAACUCCGUACGGUUCUGUGAACCGGGGCGAGGUGGGCAUCGACCGGCUGAUCAGUGAGGAAGUCUUCACGGCAGCGUACCCACUGCACGAGGGGGACUACAGGAUGCCGGACGACCCAGUGCCCCUAAAGUCUUUAGUACUGAGGCAGAUCCUGCAUGGGUACUGGUCCAAGUGGUCCUGCUGGAGACGCUACCAACCUCUGGGCCACAUAAGGGAGUAUUUUGGGGAAAAGAUAGCUCUCUACUUUGCAUGGAUCGGUUUCUACACUGCCUGGCUGCUGCCUGCUUCUCUGAUUGGGACUCUGGUCUUCCUGUUGGGUUUUGUAGAUUUGUUCUCUGACGUCCCAGCGAAGGAGGUGUGUGAAAGCGGAAACUCUUUCAUCAUGUGUCCUCUCUGUAACAUCUGCUCCACUUGGAACUAUUCCAGCAUCUGCAUCACCUAUAAGGCGGGUCUCCUGUUUGACAACUGGGGCACAGUGUUUCUCAGUCUCUUCAUGUCUUUGUGGGCCGUCACCUUCCUGGAGUACUGGAGGAGAACUUCUUCAACUCUUUCCCACCGCUGGGGCUGCUCUGACUUUGAGGACAUUGAGGAGCGUCCGCGUCCAGAGUUCUCGGCCAUGGCGCCGAUGACCACGAGGAACCCGAUCACUGGGGCCGAGGAACCUUACUUUCCUGAGAAUAAACGCUUCCACAGAACUGUGACUGGAUGCAUGGUCAUCAUUGUCAUGAUUUCUGUGGUCCCGAUGUUCCUCAUUUCCAUUAUUUUGUACCGUACCAUCCUCAGAGUCGUACUCUACAAGUCAACUACAACUGACAGCUCCUCUGCUGGGACGAUAGCCAGCAUUUCAGCAUCAGUGCUGAACCUGAUCAUUAUCCUGACAUUGUCCAGAAUUUACACCUGGCUGGCCGGCGUCCUCACACGCUGGGAGAUGCAUCGCACUCAAACCAAAUAUGAAGACAUGUUCAUCCUCAAAGUUUUCAUAUUCCAGUUUGUGAACUUCUACUCAACUCCAGUCUACAUCGCCUUCUUCAAAGGCAGGUUCGUUGGUUACCCUGGAAUGUACAACACUCUGUUUGGACUUCGUAAUGAAGAGUGUGGAGCCGGCGGGUGUCUUAUUGACCUGGCUCAGGAGCUGCUGGUCAUCAUGGUGGGAAAACAGAUGAUCAACAACGUCCAUGAAUUCAUCUCCCCGAAGGUUCAGGCGUGGUGGCAGAAAAACAAAAUCCGUCCUCCACAGAUGGCAGGGGAGGGGACUCAGACGAUGAAGGACGUUUCUCCUUGGGAGGCAGAUUACGACCUGCUGGUCUGUGAGGGACUCUUCGGUGAAUAUCUGGAGAUGGUGCUUCAGUUUGGUUUCAUCACCAUCUUUGUGGCGGCGUGUCCUCUCGCUCCUCUCUUCGCUCUCAUGAACAACUGGGUGGAAAUCCGUUUGGACGCUCAGAAGUAUGUUAGAGAAUACCGCCGCCCGGUUGUGGAGCGAGCUCAGGACAUCGGCAUCUGGUUUCACAUCCUGCAGUUCAUCUCACACAUAGCCGUCAUCAGCAACGCUUGUCUCAUUGCCUUCACCUCGUCCUUUGUGCCUCGGCUGUACUACCGUUACACCAGAGACAGCACCCUGAGCGGCUUCGUUAACUUCACCCUGGCAACAGCCCCACUCAGCCACAACACCACCUGCAAGUAUAGAGGUUACAGGGAUGAUAACGGUGAAUAUCUGCCGGAGUACUUUCACCUCAUUGCUAUACGACUCAGCUUCGUCGUCAUCUUUGAGCAUGUGGUCUUCUUCAUCGGCCGACUGAUUGACCUGACGGUUUCUAACAUCCCAGAAGAGGUGGAGAUUAAGAUAAAGAGGGAGCACUACGUGGCGAAACAGGCGCUGGCUGAGAAUAAGGCUUUGGGGAAAGCCAUGGUGCCAAAUGAUAAGGAUGUUGGGUCAGGUCAUUGUGGAUCCAGAAGCCUAGUACAAUUCGAUCCCUGCAUUGCAUUACCAACACAUCUGAUCACGAUCCCAGAGAAAACGGAUCCAGCUAGCGGCUGCUGACCUGAAGCCCGACUGCAUCAGAACUGAUGGCUGUGAGACCGGUUCCUGUGGAGGUUUUACAACCUGCAGAAUGGGGCUCCUUCUGGAUGUUUACUGGAUUUAUAUACAAUAAUUUAGCUUUCCAACUUGUCAUAGAACAGUGUGCCGAUGAAGUAUCUUCCUACCUUUACCUUCUGAAACCGGAAGACCUGUUAGAUUUCUGAGUAACUCUCCUGAGAACCUCGACCGACCCAAAGCUUCUCAGGAACUUCCUCAGACAGAGAGGCUGGAAGUAGAACCACUUAAAAUGGAAAUGUGUUUUAUUCUGCUGUUGGAGGGAACUGAAGCUUAUUCCAAGGUGUUUGUGAUGUACCAUCAUAUUUAGAAAAACUGACAUCUCCAGCAUUCUGGAUGUGGCAACUUUAAAUAUUCUUGGCUUAGGCUAUGAAUGUUUGUGUUUUGGUCUCUUGCAGAGAUGUAAAUUAGUCUGCAUUUGCAGCAUUAGAUUAUUUCCAUUUCUUCCCGCUGCUCAACUAUUGGUCAAUUAAUGUAGAUUUUUAAAAAUAUUUUAAAUUUAGCUCAUUAAAAGCAACACCAACUUGUCUUAGUGAGAAAAAGUAAAUAUUUACUGCAAAGUUCUGAA